GCCUCCGAGCAUUCGGCGAAUAAUCCUGAUAUCAGGCGAUAAGGUGAGCGAACAGGUAGCACCCUCGCGGCAGUCUGCCAACGUCCGUCGUAAAGGUGCUAUUGGAUUUACGGAUACAAGGACGCCUAUCUGUCGGUCAGGAGAUCAUGCCUAAUGGUCGGAAGGAGGCGUAUGUGUUAACUAACACGACUGCCAUAUUGGGUGCUUUAGUUAUGUAAGCACUACCCAAUAUGGAUGCAAGUUUCAACGAAUCCUCUCGUUUCUCAUGCACCUCUCAACUCAAUGUCGCCUAGCACAGUUUUAGGGUUGCCGAACAGCGUUGUGCCCCGGAUGUAAUAUUUCGAAGCCUCCAAAGCCGUAGCAUCAAUGAUCUGAAUGUCUUCAUGGCAGACGCGUACCUAUCUCUAAACCAAUUGCAGGUCAGGGUUCUGCUACCCAUGACUACUUGUGUAGCAUUUGUCUCUAGGCCAUCUGUGCACAUGCGGCACUCGGAGCGUGUUGAUUAGCGUUCAAAUAUAAGAGCGCGGAAGGAGGUAGUACCUCUACAAUCACCCCGUCCAACAUGCAGCCCAUCACAACUAGCCUCACCAAAUUGCUCAACAUCAAGACCCCCAUCCUGGCGGCGCCCAUGGCCUUCGCCUCCACGGCGGAGCUUACUGUCGCUGUCAGUGGAAGUGGGGCCUUUGGUUUCUUUGGAGCAGGAUUUGACACUUCAGCUCAGCUGAAGGAGACAAUCCAAACUGUUCGCACGAAGCUAAACCUGCCUAAAGGUGUUCCCGUCCCCAUGGGCUUCGGGUUCAUCGGAUGGAUUCUGGAGAUGACGGAAUCGUCUGACGAUCCCCGACUCGCCACCAUUCUCGAUGAGCUCCCCGUUGCCAUUUGGUUCGCGUUCGGCGUCGACCUUGGCAAAUAUGUUGCUCAGGUGCGCGCUCACGAUGCGAAACGAGAUCACAAAACCGUAGUCUUCGUCAUCGUGAACUCCGCUACUGAUGCCGUGCGAGCUGCAAAUGAGUGGGGAGUUGAUGUCAUCGUGGCGCAAGGAAACGAAGCAGGUGGUCAUGGCGGUUCUAUUUCCCCUCCUCUGUUUGAUCUCUUGCCUGAUGUGCUUGCUGCCCUUCCCAAUGGGCCUCCGGUUGUCGCUGCAGGCGGUGUUGCUACCGGCGCUCAGGUUGCUUCAUUGUUGGCUUUGGGAGUAUCGGGCGUCGUCCUGGGCACGCGCUUCCUCUUCACCAACGAAUGUCGGUACACCGACCAGAUUAAAUCUGUCCUCGUCGACGCAGACCUCAGAGCAACUCAACGUAGCUUGUGCUUUGACGAAGUCAAUCGCACCAACUACUGGCCUCCUCUUCACGACGGUCGCGCCAUCGCUAAUCAGAUAUGGGACGACUUCACCUCCGGGCUUUCUCUUGAGGAGCGGUUGAAGAAGCACGACGAAAGCAAUGCGAAGGGCGAGAAGGACCGGCUUGUCAUCUGGGCUGGAGUCGGCGCGGGACUCACAAAAACGAUCAGUCCUGCAGCAGAUGUCGUGAAGGAAUUACACGAGGGCACUCUCAAGGCCAUCAAGGCCACCUCGGCUCUGCUUGGGUGAAUCUGCGUUCCUGUGCCACUCACCUUCAUUUGUUAUUAUAUCAUCUUUUCGAUAGAAUGGUCUUUUCAAGCGUAAUUUACAAAUGAAUCUAUUCAUAGGCGGGACGAUCUGCUAGCUAAUGCGUCUGGACUGAUGGUUUGAAAGAUGAUCAUUGUGUCAUGUCAGUAUGGCCAGACGUACAGGUCAGGUUAAAUGCGCCAACGCCGGGGUGCAAUCACUGAGAUGGACUUGUAUGUGUAUGCGUGGGAUGUUCAAUCACGAUCCGCGGCGGACGAGGAUAGUACAUACAUGGGGUGGUGAUACAAUGAGUAAGCUUACAACAACAUGAUGUUUCACGAACACAUGUUACAAAUAAAUAAGAGUAGCAUCAGCCCUCCAAUCCAAUCAGAACGCCAAAGUGAUUUCUUCCU